CAUAUCAGAAAAAGACAGACUACUUUUCAUUUUUUUCCUCAAAAAAGGAAAUAUGUAGCAAGACUUCAAAGAAUCAUCUCUGCAGAGAGAGAGAGAGAGAGAGAAGGUCCAUUACUCAGGAAAGACAAUGGACUCAGAGGUGAAGAAAGGAUGUUCUUUCCCUACUGCUUCACAAUGGAUGAAAACCAUCUGGGCAAGCAUAAGGUUGCUACUUCUUGGGUUGCUCGUUCUGUGGAUAAUAACUCCUACCAGUAUAUACAAUCGGGUGUGGUUCCCCAACAUCAGGGCAAAGACUAAUUCAACAUAUUUUGGAAGGCAAGGGACAUUAAUUUUAAUCUACACAGUCCCAGUCCUCUUACUUGCCGUUUUGGGCUGCGUUUAUCUUCACUUAGAAAAGAAAUAUGGUGAUAAUUCCAUUGGAAGCAAUGGCCAAACCAAGUUAAUUCGUUUGGCCUUCUUACGGGCGAGGCCGAUGCUUGUCGACGGCCCACUGGGGAUUGUUACAUGGACGGAGCUAGCCUUCUUCACCAUGUUUAUUGCUCUGCUGGUCUGGUCUUAUGCCGUCUACUUGCAAGUCGGCCUUGACUACAUCACUUCAGAGAUUGCCGAGGCCAAAGGAGAGAAACUGUGGCAAGCUCAGUUGGACUGUGCAGCUGUUAGACUAGGCGUGGUUGGGAACGUAUGUCUUGCCUUUCUCUUCUUCCCUGUGACUCGAGGCUCGUCGGUAUUGCCGCUGUUGGGCCUCACUUGGGAGGCGAGCAUCAAGUAUCAUAUUUGGGUUGGGCAUGCUGCCAUGAUUCUGCUCACUGCUCAUGGGCUAUGUUACUUCGUCUAUUGGGCUGCAACUCAUCAGAUUUCCCAGGUGAUCAAAUGGGCUAAAGCCGGUAUAUCAAAUAUGGCAGGGGAACUCUCUUUGUUAUCUGGACUAGCCAUGUGGAUGACGAGCUUCCCUUGUAUAAGGAGAAAGAAGUUUGAGUUAUUUUUCUACACCCAUCAGCUCUAUUUCCUCUUCCUCGUCUUCUUUGUUUUACAUGUGGGGAGUGUCUAUUCCUAUGUCAUGCUUCCAGGGUUGUACCUCUUUUUGGUUGAUCGAUACUUGCGGUUCUUACAGUCAAGACAACAUGUUAAGUUGGUUUGUGCUCGUCUUUUGCCAUGUGAAACUAUUGAGUUGAACUUCUCAAAGAGCCCAGGAUUGACUUAUGCUCCCACUAGCAUCGUAUUCCUCAAUGUUCCAAGCAUCUCAAAGCUUCAGUGGCACCCUUUCACGAUAAGCUCUAGCAGCAAUAUGGAUCCAGAAAAGUUAAGCAUUAUUAUUGGAAGUGAAGGAAGUUGGUCCCAAAGGCUUUAUCAGAUGCUGUCAUCACCAUCUCCUGUGGACCAUCUUGAAGUUUCUAUAGAAGGACCCUAUGGACCUGCUUCAACUCAUUUUCUAAGGCACGAUACCAUUGUCAUGGUGAGUGGAGGCAGUGGUAUUACUCCUUUCAUCUCUAUAAUUCAGGAGAUCCUGUCUAGGAGCAUUACGUCAAGAGAAAAGUCUCCAAGAGUUAUUCUUAUUGCUGUCUUCAAAAGAUCUGCAGAUCUUACUAUGCUAGAACUCCUCCUCCCGGUUCAGGGCAUUUCCUCUAGCUUCUCCUAUAUGCAAUUACAAAUUAAUGCCUUUGUUACAAAAGAAAAAGAACCUGCAACCAAAAACCAGAAGCUCCUUGAAACAAUCUGGUUCAAGCCCCACAAAGAAGAUACACCUUUAUAUCCCAUCCUAGGCCAAAACAAUUGGCUCUGGCUUGGAAUUAUUAUCUCUUCUUCUUUUGUCAUUUUCCUUAUCCUUUUGGGCAUUCUCAUGCAUUACUAUAUAUAUCCUAUUGACCAUAACACUGAAAAGAUAUACUCACACCCCUUAAGAGCACUUCUGAAUACAUUGUUCUUGUGUAUCUGCAUAGCCAUGACAGCUAGUGCAGUUGUUCUUUGGAAUAAGAAGCAAAAUGCCAUGGAAGCAAAGGAAAUUCAAAAUAAUGAUGCAUCAAUGCCAAUGGCAUCUCUAGGUCCAGCUUCCCAUAAUGUGGCUGAUUGUGAAUUGGAAACCCUUCCUCGCCAGUCUCUUCUCCAAGCUACCAAAGUGUACUAUGGUGAAAGACCUAAUCUGAAGAAGAUGCUAUCUGAGUGUGAAGGUUUGAGUAUUGGAGUUCUUGUUUGUGGCCCAAAGAAGAUGCGACAUGAUGUUGCAAAAAUUUGCUCAUCUAAUCCUGUGGGAAAACUGCAUUUUGAAUCUAUUAGUUUUAAUUGGUGAUACAUGCCUCAAAACUCACAACAGUAACAAGAGAAAACCAUCAGAUCUACGUAGACAUUGUUACAGAGUAUAAAUUAAAGUUAAAAUAAUUGGAAUGAAGUUUUCUGCAGCAUUUAAUUUGGAAAAUUCCAAUCAUGAGACAGUAAUUUGAUAAAACUAGGGUAAGAAUUUUCUAUAAUGCUUGAUAUAUAAAAGUGUCCAUUGUGUACUAUAUCAAGCCUAAGGAAGCAACAUGUGUCUUAAUGAGGAUGUUUUUGUAGAACAUUGUUUCGUGGUCAUAGCAAUAGUAGGGCAAUUCAAUUUAGAUGUCA